UAUCGAUAGCAUGACAGCUGACCAUAGUCUAAGAAGGAUUGCAGCCCUGCUCCAAACUGUUACUGGCAGCCAAAUGCAAGUCAAGGCUCCACCACCACCUACACCCAUAUCGGAACCAUUUCGCAUUACAACUAACGCUCCGCACCAAAUUAACGAUGAAACACUAAGCCCAGGCAGAAGGAGACUACAGAAAUGGUUGGGUCGUGUCCUCCGAAUCAAAAUAAGCGAUGGACGAAUCCUUGUUGGCUUUUUUAAUUGUACAGAUCGGGAUGCCAAUAUUGUGCUGUCCAUGUGUGCCGAAUAUCUUGUCGAAGGCGAAGGACAAGAGCCGCGGCUCUUAGGCAAUGUGAUGGUGCCUGGAAAACACAUUGUCUCGUUGAAUAUUGAUGAGCCGAAGCCCGCCAGUUCUAGUUUAUUCCUGUAAUAAAAGUUCUCUAAUAAUAAAUAUAAAAAUUAUAUAAAAAUUA